ACAGCUACCUGCAUACGGCAGGAGUGGACGAGGACAGAUGGUCAGGGUAGGAAGCUGGUCCCAGGAGGACGGUCUGACGGUGGUCUCGAACUUCCAGCUCUACCCUGAGAAAUACCUGAACUUCUUCGGUGCCGAGGUGGGCAUGACGGUGUGGCCCUUCAUGCCAUAUUUCAUGGCUCGAGAGGAGCCUGUGGACGCCAGCAGUGGCGCCCCUAGCGGGAGCACAAGCAACUACACUGGGAGAGACUACAUCAUGCUCGAGACCAUGAACCAGUUUCUCAAUUUCUCCAUCAAGUUCAUUCCCACCAAAUCCUGGGAUGAGGUCAUCCUCCUGGUGAAGCAACGCGUGUCCUUCAUGUCCCCGAUGAAGCUAGCCAUCAUGCCCCACCUCCUGAAGGAACUCGAUUUCACAGUCCCCAUUGAGCCUGCCACGCUGACGUUCAGUAUGGCCAAGCCUACGCUGAAGCCCCGCUGGCAAAGCCUCUAUUAUCCGCUGACCGGUCAAGUCUGGGCUUCGAUCCUGGCCAUGAUGAUUAUCAUGCCCAUCGUUUUCAUCGUGAUCACCAAUAUCGGAAAUGCUCGCGAGAACAAGGGUCUCCCUGGAAGGAUCAUCCUGGAAAUGACUGGAACUCUCCUUGGUCAGAACUUCACCAGCGAACCGUCCACGACGAAUUUGGCGAGGCUUCUGGUCGGCUUUUGGGUGGUGUUCGCCUUCAUCAUGGGCACGGCCUACAGGGGAAACCUAACCGCUUUCUUGACCAUACCCAAAUACCCGCCCAGGGCAGAGAACCUCCCGCAGCUGCUAGCGAAGAACGCCAAGUAUGAGAACCUUUUCUUAUUUACGACUUUUGCUGGCAGUUAUGCUAUAUUCAAAGGUGCUACAUCUAUAGCACCGUGA